UUACGUUAUCAUCAAAUAUCGACAUCAUCCUUUUCCUGUAACGAAGUUCACCGGCCGGCCGCAAAAGAAGACACUCAUCGUCUUGUUUUCGUUAAUUGUAUCAGUGAUCUCAGUGAUUUUACCUCAACUCUCUCAAAAGCAUCCCCUAUCACACCAACAAAACAAUUUCUCCAGUCAAAAUACUACUCCAAUGCUUGGCCAACUCUCCAGACCCGUUAGGCUCUCCGUCGCUCCGCUCCGUACCAUUCUUACUCAGCGCGCCUUCCACGCUUCUCCUAUAGCGCGGGACCAUAUUCUUGAUGCCAGUAACGAAGUCUUUGAGAAGCGAGCGCUUGAUGCCGAUAACUCUAAACCCGUCUUGGUAGACUUUUAUGCCAGCUGGUGCCAGCCUUGCCGUGUUCUCACUCCUUUACUCAAACGGGUCACCGGCCCAGAAUCCAAUUACGACUUGUUAACUAUCAAUGUUGAUGAGUACCCUGAAGUUGCUGCCAAGUACAAGGUGUCUGCCUUGCCCACGGUGGUGGCAUUCAAAAAUGGUGCUGUCAAGAACAAGUUCGUUGGAUUUAGGGGACAAGAUGACAUUAAUAAGUUCUUGGGCAUGCUUUAAUGUUCUAUGCAUCGCUGUGUAACAUGAGCAUCAAACCGUUUCUCCCCUAUCCCCCAUUCUUGGUUUUUCAUCCUCACUCUCCAUCUCGGAGUCAUCUGAAUUCCAAUGUUCGCUCUCCAUUUUCUUUUCUAGUCGCGUUUGGGCUCUAUCCAAGAUUUUCUUCUCCGCUUUUAUCUCCCCCUUCUUGUCUCAUUCUUCCCUCGGCUCUGCUCAUUUGCUGAAAUAACUUGGUAAAAUGCUCAUCUCUCCGCGCUGCUGAACUGAGCUCCUUCGUCAAUCGCUUGUUCUUGUCAAUUGUCCUGCCCAGGCACUGCAAGCUUGACUCGACACCAUUGUGAACCCAACCCUCUUCAUGACCCCACCAAUGCCAUUUCGCUCUUUCUACUGGAUUUUCAGGUAGUUCAUAUCUUCCACAAGCUCUUGCAAAGUACGUGGGAUCCCACCAUCCCUUCCUCAGAUCUCCAUGUUGCCGUUCCAGCUCAUUUCGGAUACUCCUUGGGACUGACUUCAGGCAGCAUCGCGAGCACUUGUGAUAGUCUUGCCUUUCAACGGCAUGGCAUCCUGAUUUGCAGCAGCUGAUACAAGGGCCUCUAUGGCGCCAACACCACCUCUCACAUUUGUAUGUGCAUUUGACGUAACAGCAGCAGCACCGACAGAAGUCAUGGACGCAGUGGUAGCAACAAUAGAGGAUGCAGAGGACGUAGAGUGUCACAAUGGCCGCGAAUACUUUUCCUUCAAUCUUUACCAUCCGUUAGGUCAGCGUGGUAAGCAAGCUACAACGAGCUAGUGACCUACUUUGGUUAUCCACUGAUGUACCUUCUAUCAGUAUGUCUCCUGUUUUGUAUCACAUGUAACUUACAUCUUGAAUCUUUUCCAUCCAUUUGAGCAGGCCAGCUGCUUGGCUGGCACCAUUCUGAUAAGAAGUUUCAUCAGUUACGAGGAUAACCAUGUUUCAAAUUAUUACAACAACCUACUGCCACGUCUCCUGCUAUUGCCUUUCAUCGACUCAGUCAGCCAUUUUCUUAUAUCUUGCCACUUGUAACAGGACUCACUGUCGCGGACGCAACAGCACCUUUAGCUUUGUCAGUCGCCGUUGCCACCGCACCGGCGGCCUUGUCAGUUACAGUUCCCACUACACCCUCAGCACCGUUGACAGCGCUUUCUCCGGCGCCUUGUAUAGCGUUUCCGACAUCUCCCAGAUCGAGCGGUGCCAUUGACAAUUGCUACAGGUUAGAAAGUUGGAAAAAGGUAACGUUGGGGCGCCAAACACCUGAGUGUACACAAAUACUUAAAGAAACAAAGAAAUAUCAACCAGUGUACAUUCACCAAUGGCCUGAGAUGGGAAAAGCGUCAGAGGCUCUCAGAAAUUAAGGGGAUGACUUCAAAGGACAGAUUUAAAUAUGUUGAAAGGACCAUGCUGCCAUUGUUGCAUACGCUAAUGGCCGUCUAUGCCGUUCGUCUCCUAUCGUUUCCUUAUCUAUCCACAUGUGUGCAUGAAGACAGUUUUCCCUUGUUACUAUAUUAUCUGCCCUCGAUAUGCCAUUAACCGUCUACCAUUCGACCACAUCCCCUUUCCAAUCCCAACAUCUUCCACCCCAAUCAACUCCGUUCUGGCUCCCUUGUACUCCCCUCUUAACUUGACUCAUGAUGUUCACCAGACGGUCGAUUGCUUGGUCAACUGUAA